GAUACGGAAGUAGGCUAACGAGCUUUUAGCAGGAGACGCUCUAUCCGUCGAUCUCUGUGGUACAAGUCAAAACAGUCAGCGUUUGAAUAAAGAUGGCGGGAGUUAUUAAUGGCAGCGUUACAAUGACAUUGGAUUCUACACAGGGGGAUGAUACGGAGACGCUGCUUGACAAGACCGGUGAGGAUGAUCCGCCCAUGGUGUUCCUGUGCAGCAAGUGCAAGAGGCCACUGGGAGACACCUAUGGAUGGAUGGGCAGUGACAUGGAGGAUCAUACUAUACUGCUGAAAGCCGUCUCUACAUAUGUUGCUGUUGAAAAGGUGCAAAUUGUUUCAAAAGUUUCAAGUGACUAUGGCUGCACAUUUGAAACUGUGUUCUGUACUGGAUGUACCACGACUAUAGGGAAAGUCUACAAAUGCACUCCGAAACAUCUUGACUUCAAAAGAGAUUUAUUCUGCCUAAACAUUGACACUGUAGACAGUUAUAUCUUAGGAUCUGCAAACAAACAGGCUGUUUCUGAGUUUGAAGAACCAAUCACCUUGGAUGCUCGUGCAGCUCUUGAAGAAGAGUUGGAGAAGACUAAAGCCGUUCUAAGCGCAUUACAUUCCAGAGUCUCAACCAUUGAAGCAGAAGUUUUCCACAAGGGUAAAAGCUGAAAAAAAACUUUUGAAGAGAGAAAUGAAGCUGAUAAAGAACUUUUAAUUUUUUUUUUGUACAGGAUCGGAGCACCCUACUUCCCAUUUACAAAGACUGAUAAAAUAAUGCUUUUUACUUCCCCUAUUCCCCCUUGCUCUGAUCAAGUUUGGGGUGACCUACAGUGCCUGGACAUAGGUGUAAGUGCAACGAGUGUCCUGGUCUGUUUUUGUUUACUUUCAUAAUGAUGAGACAAAUGCAUUGUGGGUAUGUAAACUGGUCCAGCAUUUUCUUCUCUUUCGGAUAUGCAUAACUUGCUAGAACAUGAUCUAGUUUCCUGUUGAUGACGGUCCAAUUUGGCUGGUGAAAGCCAUUGACAGCUGCUGCACAGUCCCUGCAAUCCUUCUGGCAUGUUGGACUCUAACCAGCUGAUGAAUAAAUUAUUAUUAUUUCUAAAGUCUUUCUAAGAUAAAUGGUGCAUUUGUGCUGUAUGACCAGUGUUGCUGGGAUUGCAGAUCAUGCAUCACACACACAAUUCCAUGCUAUUGCAAAAUAAUUAUGCCUAGUGGAGUGUGCUCCCAGUAACUGUUAGUGUGCACGUGCAUUUGUAGUAAGGCUUAAUACUUUACUGUGGCAAUGGGCAGCUGGGUGUAAGUUUUUAUAGAUGUUAAAGUGUGUGAUAUAUAUUUAUAUUACAUCAUUUCCAUAUCACUUAAAAAAUGAACAUGCAUAUCUUGUUAGAGUUCAGAACAUAAGCCUAUCUCCAAAGCAAAAAAUGUUUCUCUAAUUUAAAUCAACACUUAAGUGAGUGAAGCUCUCUGAAACCUUGGUAUAUUUUAUUAGUUUUUUUUUCUCCAAUGUGCUUCCUGUGUUACCUUACAGUAUGACACUGCAGCAUUCUGAUCAUCCGUUACCUUUCUGUCACAACAUCAACUUGCUAAGCAAAUGGCGAUUUUAAUAUCUUGUUUAUUUGCACUGGUUUUUCAGUUCCAGGUUUUGAUACAAUGAAUUUCCGACAUUAUCCAGCAGAGGGCGAAUGGAAAUCGUGUUUGAAAUGUGAGGAUUGUCAAGGUUCUUUUUAGAUUUUUAUAUAUAUGUGUAUAUAUAUAUGAGAGUUGUUUUUUUUUUUUUUUUUUUUUUUUUUUAAACAACUUUCUAAUUUACUUGUUACCAAGUUUUCGUUCUCCUUUUGAUCUUUUGUUGAAAAGCAGGGGCAUAAGCUUAGGAGGCUGCCUGUUUCUGGGACACUAUUUGGCAGCCGUUUUGCAAGGGAGUUCGAUGUCAGCACUAUUUCCUGCAUCUAGUGCUCCAGACACCUACCUAGGUAGCUCUUCAGCAAAGAAUAUCUUGGGAAGGAAGCAAAUUUGAUAAUAGAAGUAAAUUGGAUUUAUUUUAUAAUGGUAUGAUCUGUCUGAAUAACAAAAUAACAUUUUUGGGUUUCAUAUCCCUUUUAAAUACAAAGUGUUCUAAAUAAAGGCCAGAUGAUUAUAUGUAAAUGGAAAAGCCUGGCAAAAUGACAUUAAGUUAUCCUUAAUCCCUUUAACAAAUGUGCUUCUGUAGGGCCAAUCUGGCUAGUUUAGAGCCUCAGGUUUAUUGAUCUGUUCUCUUUAUGAACUACUCAUUAAUGUGAAUAAACCUCACUGUAUAUAAGUGAGCUGUUUUAUAGUAUUUUCUUAUUGCAUGAAUAGCGAUAACGAAGUCUUUUACCCCCUCAAAGGAUAUGCACACAAUGUAAAUCUGCUGCACUGGGCGCACUAUCAAGCUGGUUCAGCGCCGGGCACAGCUGAGGAGUGGUGGCUAUUGCAUUCUUACAAUAACAAAUGCUCUAUCGCUUUUAACAGUUACAUUAUCAUGUUCAUUUUCAUAUAUUACCUUUCCCGUUCAUACUGAUAUCGCAGGAAUAAAAAUCCAAAAUGAUACAUUUCAGACAAAUUCCAAUGCUCAUUCUUUAUUAAGUGUAGGCAGGGGGUAUUUAGCCUUGUAAAUGUGUUUAGCUUUUGUAGAAAAGACCUUUAUAAAAACAAAUGCUGUUUUACUUCUAAUAAACUUGAAGAACUAAUGUUAAAAA